AUGGAGGCCCUUCUCCGUCAAUCGCGCGGCAUGUGUCCGUUCUUGCACAAGACAUCGCCCGCCACGCUUCGCUCGCUCAGCACCAGCACCAAUGCCAUCCAGGCCAACAUGUCCAACCUGCAGGUCACUGCCGGUCAAUGUCCCGUCAUGGGCAAGGCAUUGGCUGUCCAGAGCACUCGCACCAACACUCUGCUCUCUGGUGCUUUUGGUGGCUCGCGAGCCUACAGCACUCGCACCACCCGCGCUCCUCGUGCUUACUUGCACACUACCCGUGCUGAGAAGGCACAGGCCGUCGACAGCAGCCCCUUGAGACGUGAUGAAGUCCGUUACCCUGCUCCCGUACAGCGUCAGCAGCAACCCGCGCAGAAGCAGUCUUCUAAGGAAAUGCACGGUGCUCCCCCAGCGCCUCCGAACACCUCUCGCUUCGACUACGACUCUUUCUACCAGACCGAAUUGGACAAGAAGCACAAGGACAAGUCUUACCGCUACUUCAAUAACAUCAACCGUCUGGCCAAGGAAUUCCCUCGCGCUCACAAGGACACCCCCGAGGACAAGGUUACCGUCUGGUGCUCCAACGACUACCUCGGUAUGGGCAGAAACCCUCAGGUUCUCAAGAAGAUGCACGAGACGCUCGACAUGUACGGUGCUGGAGCCGGUGGCACUCGCAACAUUUCUGGCCACAACCAGCACGCAAUGGGUCUCGAGGCAACUAUCGCUAAGCUACACGCAAAGGAGGCUUCUCUUGUCUUCUCUUCAUGCUACGUCGCCAACGACGCUACUUUGGCCACUCUGGGCUCAAAGUUCCCCGACUGUGUCAUUCUGUCUGACAGCAGCAACCACGCUUCCAUGAUCCAGGGCAUUCGUCACUCGGGCGCCAAGAAGAUGGUCUUCAAGCACAAUGACAUGGCUGAUCUUGAGCAGAAGCUGGCCUCGCUUCCUGCCGAGACCCCCAAGAUCAUUGCUUUCGAGAGUGUUUACAGCAUGUGCGGUUCAAUUGGUCCCAUUGAGCAGAUUUGCGACCUUGCAGACAAGUACGGCGCCAUCACCUUCCUCGAUGAAGUCCAUGCCGUCGGCAUGUACGGCCCGAACGGUGCUGGUGUUGCUGAGCACCUCGACUACGAAGCCUACGUGAACGGCGGCUCGCCUAAGGGCACCGUCCAGGACCGCGUUGACAUUAUCACUGGUACUCUCGGAAAGGCCUAUGGCUGUGUUGGUGGCUACAUUGCCGGUUCCAGCAAGCUGGUUGACACUAUCCGCUCCCUUGCUCCCGGUUUCAUCUUCACCACCUCGCUUCCCCCAGCUACCAUGUCCGGUGCCCAGGCUGCCAUCGAAUACCAGAUGGCAUACAAGGGUGACCGUCGUCUGCAGCAGCUGCACACUCGUGCCACCAAGGAUGCACUUUCUUCCAAGGACAUCCCCGUGAUUCCCAACCCCAGUCACAUCAUCCCCGUUUUGGUCGGUGAUGCCGCAGUCGCCAGAAAGGCCUCUGAUCUGCUCCUCGAGGACCACGGCAUCUACGUCCAGGCCAUCAACUACCCCACCGUGCCCGUCGGCCAGGAACGUCUCCGCAUCACUCCCACUCCCGGCCACAUCCGCGAGUACCGCGACCACCUGGUCGAGGCUCUCGACACCGUCUGGAAGCAGCUCGGCAUUAAGCGUACUUCUGACUGGGCCGCCCAGGGCGGUUUCCUCGGCGUCGGCCAGGAGACUUCUGUCGAGCCCCUUUGGACUGACGAGCAGCUCGGUCUCGCUGAGGUCAAGUCUGAAUUGAACAAGGCUGGCAAUGAUGCCGUAAAUGUUCUCGAGAGCGUCCUUGAGGCUGAGAGAAAGGAAGUCGCUCAGGCUGUUGCUUCUGCUUAA